AUGCGAGAAAAGAAGGUUAAUAUCUAGACCCUUUGACUUGUCAGGUAAAUAAAGUAGUAGGUGUGCAUCGCGUCUGUUCCUGUGUGUCCUGUGUGUGCGCAAUCGCCAAUGAGAAAUUGGCCACGACUACUGUGAGCCACCAAUGAGAAGUGGCCAAGAAGCGCAACUACUGGAUCAUCGAUAAGUGGGCGUAAUGUGCGCGCGACGUUACACCUCGGUUUAUCGACCAUGAUCUGGAAAUGAUAUCAUCGUGUAACGUCAGUCUAAAAACUCGCGUCUCGUUUGCCUGAGCUUUUCCGGCAGCAGUUCCUCGAAGAAGAGCCUGAACGGCGUUGGUAAUCGCGAGCGUUUGACGCAACCAAGAUAUGUCAUUGAACACGGCACACGCCAACGGCGGAGUUCUUCUCCAUUCUGGCGAGUGCAUCAUACUCUUCUGCGACAAUGUCAAUAUGGAAUUUCAUGGGCAAGAACAAGCGGAGUUUAUUGGCAAAAAGCACGGUAGAUUGUACCUGACGACGCAUAGGAUGAUCUUCAACGCUAAAGAUCAAAAAGAGAAAAUGCAGUCCUUCAGCUUCCCGUUUGUCACGUUGAGCGAAGUAGGGCUGGAACAGCCGGUUUUUGGUGCCAAUUAUAUAGGAGGCAAAUGCCGUGCCCAGCCAAACGGUAACUGGAUUGGAGAGUGCAAAUUUAAAUUGAGAUUCAAGAGCGGCGGAGCAGUGGAAUUUGCCCAAGCUUUACUGAGAGCCGCAGCAAUGGCUCAACGCAAUGGUCCAGUGAAUGACGCGCCGCCACCUUAUACGCCUCCGCUGUCCGAAUGGUACCCGGCGCAGCCUUCGGCUUAUCAACCUCCUCAAACUGGAUAUUACGGAUGGAUGCCUCCAACCAACGUCUUCCCAGAUGCCCCACCAGGAAAUACAGUGUUUAUGACGGACAGUCCGCCGCCGUAUCCCGGCAUACAGCCAGGAUACGGAUACGCGAGCGGCCCACCACAUCAAGGCGGCGGAGGUGCGGCGGGUCAACCAGGAGCUCCCGGAUGGGCCAAUCCGACUUACAAUGGCCAGCAGAUGUCCCAUGCAGAUGCAAAGGCUGCUGAAGCUGCACAAAGCGCAUAUUAUGAUCCUAAUAGGCCUCAAUGUGCUUACGUUCCACCACCAGAAUAUUACGAAAGUCCACCAGCCUACACAAAGAAAUAUCAGUGAAACGCGUUACACAAGCUAAUUUUAUAUAGUGCAAUCGGUAUGCAUUCCACUUUAGGCGAAUACUGCAAAUUUGCAUGCUGUCGCGCCGAUUUGACGUCGAUGUCAGCAAACUGUCGAUGUUUGUUACAAAGCAACUCUGAAAUUUGGAUAUGUAGGCUCAAAAUGAUGGUUGAAGGUGCACCAGGUUUUUCUCGUUACAGCUAUGCAAUGUUAAAGCACAGAUAUUACCGCAGGUAUUUCGCAACGAUGCUGCUUUGUAUUAAUGCGAGAUUCAAUAAUUCUUUCUUAUGUACAUGUUAUUUCUUGAAAACAGUUGUAUUGUUGUGUUUCACACGAGUCUAUACAAUUACGGAAUAAAUGUUUACACGCAUGUAAAUACAUACGUAAACGCUUUUGUACGACCAUGAAAUUGCUACGAAUGAAUAUGUAUUUUCAAGUCUUUAUUGAAAGUUUCCAAAAUACACAAUCUUAUGACACU